AUGUCACGAUUCUUCUCUAAUAUUUUCAAUUGGAUUUGCCGGAAACCGGAUAUACCCGAAAUUAACCCAAAUAUUAUUUUUGAAAGAAACAUAUCAUCAGACAAUGAUUUUUGGGUAAAAUUUGAAACUAUAAAUUAUAUAUAAUUAUAUUCUACAAAAUAUUGUCCAGACAUAUUUAAUAAUAAUAUAUUUAUUCAAAUUUUAGAUAUCAUGUAUUUUGGACCCAACAUUAGAUAUUAAAUAUAUAAAUGGUUUUGUUACUAAGAUAUUGGAUACAGAUAUGUGUUUAAUAAAUAACCAGUAUCAUUAUAAACCGAAAACAGAAAAAGAAAUUCGUGAUUUCCCCUCAUUGGAGUUAAAUUGCCCUGUGAGGGUGUCUCUUUACAGAAAAAAGAAUUCAAAUGAAUGGAUUGUUGCUAGUUGUUUUUCAUCUAAUAAAGAGGGUGAUCAUCAUCAACCAGCAAAGUAUAAUUGAAUUGUCAUGUAUCAUGAUGUAUAAUAUAGGUAAAUUUCCCUUUGUCAUUAAUUAAUUAAAUAACAAAUUUAGAAUCAUACCAAAUCCAGUGGUUGGGGUAGAGCUCAAUGAUAAUACAACUAUCAAUGGUCAGUGGCUUAAUACAAAUGAAGUCAACAAAAAUAUCACAAAUGAAAAAAAUGAUAUUCAAGAUGUUAUGACUGUUCAGGUGUUGGGUGAAAUGCCUAAAGUUGUUGACUUGGAACAAGAAUUGAUAAUACAGGUCUUAUUAUAAUUUAGUUUUUUUAAUAUUUUAUAUUAUUUAUUAUACAUAUACAAAGAAACUGUUUCUAAAUUGUGAUUCUUAACAGUAGUAACAAGAGUAAUAAAAAUAAAGCUUGUCUAGUAAUUAAAAAUUAUAAUAAAUCACAAAUAGCUGUUUCCCUUAAAAUACCAGACAAUCUAAAAUAAUUUUACUAUUAAACCAUUAUUUAUAUUUGUAUAAUGUAUUAGGAAAAAGUAUAUAAAUAAAAUACUGUAUUAAUAUUAUUAACCAAACAACAAAACAAAUUCAAAAUUACUACAAUUUCCAAAUACCACUUAAGUAUAAACUGGAUAAGGAAAACAUAUUUAGUAUUUUUAAUAAUUUGUUUUGAAAAUUUAAAAAUAGAUACAUUUUAUAGAUAAAGUAUAGUAGUGUAUAAAGUAUGAUAUGUAUUUAUUAGUCUAAAGUGUAUGUAUUACUUUAAAAUUUUAGAUAUUAUUCAGAAAUAAUAGCUAUGUUAAAGAGCAAAAAUUAUUUGAUUACCAAACUAUGCAAGGAAAAAGAGUACAAUUGUCUAUUAUUAAUAAACAAAAUACACCUGUAACAAUUGGAGUGCAAUCACAAUGUAUCUUUGAUAUUACUCUCAAAGGAAGGUUAGUAUAUAAAUAUAUAUAUAUAUUUAAUAUAUUGCAUCUUUAUAUCUUUAAUAAUAUGUUGUAAUGUUAAUCAAAAAAUAAGUCUGAAAAAUAAUCAAUUAAUAUUAAUACAAUAAUAAAUGUGUACACUAUGUUUUUUUUUUUUUUUUUAGAUAUUUAGGUAGAUCUAUUGAAAAAGUUGAAUUUAAUUUCAUAGAUAUUAUUUAUAAAGUGGGUGUAAAUAUUGAUGUAACUGAUUCAAGAAUAAUUAUCCCACAAAAUCCAAAUGCCUAUGUCAAACAUGAAGUUGAUAUGAAGUAAAUUUUAAUAAUUAAAUGAACCAUAAAGGAACAUACAUGUGUUUAGUGGGCAAUUCAUUAUGUUAUAAAUAUUAUAGGAGGAUACUCGAACUGCAGAAUGAACAUUUAAUCCCUGGUGUGCUUAUUGGGAAAAAAGUACAAUUUCCAUAUCGACAAAUAGGACAAUGGAAUAUUCCGCCACAGUUAACAAAAUGUUAUUGGACGGACAAUGGAAAAUUUAACACGUACUUUUAUAUACUAUUAUAUUGUUUAUAAUUUUUAUACCUUUCAUCAUUGAACAUUCCUAUUGAAAUUCGUAGUUAUUAAUUUUAAAAUUGCUAUUUUGACUUAUUACUUAGAUGUAUAAAACUAUGCAAUACUUUUUUCUAUGCUAUUAUAAAAUUUGUUAUUUGUUAGGGAGUCCCAGCCACCAUAUAAAUAAAAUUAUGAUAAUUUAUUUAAAUAGAUAUUUGUAAACAUAAUUAAAAAUUAUAAUGGAUGGAAUAUGUAUAUUGUUUAAAUAUAUUACAAUAAUGUUGUUCAAAUAGAACAUCAACAUAUUAUGUAAUAUAGUUAAAUUAUUUUAUAUAGGCUUGUUUAAACAUAAUAUAUAGAAUGGUUUCCUGUUAAUUACCAGGCAAUUUUACCAGGACAAAAAUGAUUUAUACAUUGAUAUACAUAUUGUAUUUAAUCCAAGAGAGGUGUCUUAUUGCAAUAUUUAAUGAGUGUGGUGGUCUUUUUGUCUGAAAUAUUACAUAUUAUUUUUCUAAUGCUGAAAAGUUAGUUUAUUAACAUAUAUGUUUAUAUUAUAUAUUAUACAUUUGAGACCUUCUAAGGACCACCUCCAAAGCCAACUCCCUUUAUAUACUAGCAAGCAAAUAAUAUAAUAUAUAAAAAUAAUUAAUUUUUGUAAUAAAAUGUAUAUACUGCUCUUAGCUGAAUAAAAAUGUACAAUCGAUAAACUGAGGAUUAAUAAUUUAUAUAUUUUUUGAUUAAAAAAAAAAAAAAUAAAAAAAAAAAUAGAUCUUUUACGUUUAAAAAGUGUGUACCAGAAAUAAAAAAUAAACAUUUAUUCAUCAGAGUCUGUUUGAGUUUUCUGUGUACAGUAUGGAUAACUAAGUAUGUUAUGCUCUCUGCAUAAUUGAUAAUAUGAAUAAUAGUUGCUUAAUACAAUUUUAAACAAAACUAGAAAUAGAGAAAAAAAAUAUUAAUGAAAUUAACACAUCCAGAAUUCAAACAAUACAGUAUUAACAGAACAAAUUACUGAUUUUUAAUAAAAAUAUCAAUUGAAACAAAAAUAGUGGACUGUUUAUAUCAAAAACAGUUUAAAAUAGACAGCAUAUAUGUGUGUUAAAGGUUUUGGGAACAACUAAUUAUAUUAACUAAUCUAACAUUAAAUAAUAACCAAGAUAAAAAUAAUUUCAGUCAAAAAGACCACUGACACCUUUUCUGGGUAAGAGGCUUUGAGCAUAUUUUCUACAUUUUCUUCAGGUCCCAUUAAUAGAUAUCUACGUUUUUUUAUAAAUAUUAAUGUUAAUAAUAAUUUUAUGUCUUCUAAUAAAUUUUGAAAGAUGUACAUUUUUUAUCCUGCUUAAAUACAACUAUAGUUUAACAUUAUGUUUUAAUUAUUUUACAAUUAAAUUAUUUUUGAUAAUAGUAUGUAUUAUUUAGCAAUGUAUCUACUGAGGUCAAAGAACAAAUAGAAAAAUUAUAUCCUGCUGCUUUUCAAACUCUUACUUAUCAAAAUUACAAAGCAAAAUUUCACACUCUUUUAUUCAUGGAGGAAAUAGAAGUAAAUAUAAAUAAAUUAUUAUAUACAAUUAUAAAUAAAUAAAAUAUUUUAGAAUUACUUAUUUUUUGUUUAUUUAAUUCAUUUUAUUAUGGUAUUUUAUAUUUUUAGUACAAUUAGUACUAAAAUAAUAUGUUUUGAACUAUAAUAAAAAAUUAUUUUUAACUGAGCACCUUAAUUUAAGAAUUAAAUAAAAGUUGUAUUUUUAUAUGUUAAUUGAAUUUAUCAUUUACCACGUUUGUUUAAUAUUAUGGUACUUGGCCAAUUUGUAGAAAAAUAUAAUAUACAAUGUAAAAACAAUCAAUAGUACCUAUAGAGAACUUAAUCAUUUUGUACUUAAAGCUAAUAAACUUAAUGUUACUUAUAAUUUAAUAUCAAUUAUUGAUUUUUUCACCAAUUUUAAUAUGCUUUUAUUUAUAAUAAAAUACAAAUUUAAUAAACUAUAAAUAACUCAAUGUUAGAGUAAAUUAUGUAAUUUAUUAAGAUUUAGAUAGUAAUAUUUUAAUAAAUGAUAUUAUAUUUAAUGACAUUUACUAUUAAUUCUAGGGUACUAUGGCUCUUCAAAAAUAUGCAAAAGACAGAAUACAUUUUGAAACUAAUGGUGAAUUUUUGAGUUUAAAAAUGUCUGAUCUUUCUGAACAACGUCCAUCAUUAAUUCCUGGUGAUCGAGCUGUAGUAACAGAUGUACCAAAUUGUACCAAAAGACUAGGUAAAUUGAUAAAGAAAAUUCCAAGUUGUCUCAUUAUUUAUUAACUUAUAGUAACACAAUUAAAACUUAAUAAAUAUAUAUUACUAAAUAGAAUAGCAGAAGAAAAUGUAUAAAAUUAUAUUAAUUAUUUGAUUGAUUUAAUUUCUAGUAUUCUGAUUUAAACUAGGUGAUAAAGAACGUUAUGAAGGUAUUAUACAUAAAGUUUUGGCAAAUGAAAUAUGGUUGAAGUUUGAUGCAGAAUUUCACAAUAAAUGUGGCCAUUGGGAUUAUAGUGUCAAUUUUUUUAGUUCUAGAAUAAUUCAUCGUAAACAGCAUGACGUUCUUAAUGAAGUGUGGAAAAAUUCCCAUUUGGGUGAAUCAUUUUUGUUUCCUUACAAAAGUGAAUUAGAGUAUAAACCACCCAGAUUAUACAUAAUGGAGGACAAUGAGAUGAAUGAAAAUACAUCCAAUGCAGACAAUUUGAAGGAGAACAAUACUCUGUCAUCAAAACUAAAUAUUAUAAAAGAACUCAAAUGGUUCAAUGAGAAUUUAAACUUUGAACAAAAGACAGCUGUCAUUAAUAUUUUGAAAGGUGAAGCCAGACCAAUGCCAUACCUUAUUUAUGGACCACCAGGUACUGGUAAAACAAUUACACUAACAGAAAGCAUUAUUCAAGUAUAUAAAGAAUUUUCUAAAAGCAAGUGAGUAUAAUUUUAAUAUUGUUUUCAUUCAAAUCUUAAUAAGAUAGUCUAUAAAAUUGACAGUAUUAAUUGAGGUAUGAUUAAUUAAUCCAUACAUCUAUACAUUAAGUCAAUUUUUUGUUGCUCUAUGGUCUCUUCCAUGAACAUUGUUAUUAUUAUGGACAAAUUUCAUUAUGAUUAAUUAAUUCUAAAGUAUCGCUUCUAAAAUGUUUAAUGAAUAUCAUUGAAAAUUUAAUUGACUAUCUACAGACUAAUAUCUUAAUGAUAUAAAGUAUCUAAUCAUCAAAUUGGUUAAUAUGGAACUUUUACUAGAUUAUUGAUUUGUGCUCCCACAAAUUCUGCUGUUGACAUAUUGAUGGGUAAAUUAAUAGGUUCUGAAUUGUUUAACAUAACUAUAUUGAAGCGUUUAAUUGGCUAUACUCAUCUAUAUAGUUCAUCUUAUAAUAUGGAUUACGACAAAUAUUGUUUUUUACCAGAACUGGAAAGUUCAUGUCAUGUUCCUCAAGAUCCAGGUAACAAGAAAUUAUGAUAUACAAAUUCCAUAAAAUAUGAAAAAUGAUGACACACAAAUGAUUAAUAUUAGUUGUAUGCACAUUUUACAGAUUCAAAAUUAAUUAGGAAAAAUGAUAUUCUCAAGUUACGAAUAGUUGUAACCACUGAAGGUACAGCUGGUUUACUUUAUACAAUGGGCUUAAAGAAAGGAAUAUUUUCUCAUAUAUUUAUUGAUGAAGCUGGACAAUCAACAGAACCAGAAUCAUUAUUACCUUUGUGUUAGUAUCUAUUAACUAUUAUAUUUAUGAAUUAAUAAUAUUUUCAUUUUUUAUAAAUUUUAGCAUUUUUGGAUCCUUGCCAGGGACAAGUUGUGUUAGCUGGAGAUCCCAAACAAUUGGGUCCUGUUAUUAUGUCAAGAUUAGUAAAAACUGCUGGUCUGGGACAAUCCAUGUUGGCUCGCUUAAUUAAUUUUCCUUCAUAUAUGAGAGAUCCUGUAUGCUUUCAAGAAUACAAUGGUUUUAACCCUAAAGUCAUUACACACUUGGUUCAAAAUUAUCGAUCCCUGCCAGAAAUUGUAAAUAAUUUCAGUAAAUUAUUUUAUAAUUCGUUUUUAGUGGCAACUGUAAGUAGUAAAUAAAAAUAAUAGUAUUAAACUUAAUUUACACUUUUUAUUUUACUAUAUGUAGAAACUUGAACCUGAUUCAUCAGAAAGAAAAUUAUUAAGUGAUUUAAGUGAAAACCAUCAUUGGAAUAUUGGUUGUGAUGGACCAAUUAUUGUACAUGGCAUUAUGGGGGAAAACAACCAAGAUCCCUAUAGUCCAUCUUGGUUUAAUCCUCACGAAGCCUUUCAAGUAUUAUUGUAUGUAACACGAUUAAUAAAAGUAGGUAUAUCAACUAAUGAAAUUGGUAUUAUCACUCCAUAUUCUGCUCAGGUACAGUAAAAGUUUAAAAUUAGAAAUUACAAACAUACAUUUACCAAUAUUCUUUUUUUUAUUUAUUCAGGUCAAUAAAAUCAAUGAGCUAUUGAGAAUGUACCAUUCAGAUAUUAAUUUACCCAGAGUAGGCACAGUAGAAAUGUUCCAAGGUCAAGAGAAAACUAUUGUCAUUAUAUCCAUGGUCAGAAGCAAAUGUAGUCUUGGAAAUGAAAAGGAUACAAAAUUUAAUAUUGGCUUCCUUAAUACCAAAACACGCACCAAUGUUGCAUUGUCCAGAGCAAAAGCAUUACUUAUUAUUAUUGCAAACCCAUUAACAAUGAAUAUGAGUACUGAAUGGAAAUAUGUACUAUCAAAUGCUGUAAAAAGUAAAAACUAUGUUGGCUGUAAUAUUCCUAAUAAAAAAUUACAAAGUGAAUUAAUAAUUAAUUAA